GCAUGUCAGGAUGGCAACUUCAAACCUGGAGAACCAGCUACAGAGUGCCCAGAAGAAUUUGUUGUUUCUCCAGCGAGAACAUGCCAGCACACUGAAAGGCCUGCACGCUGAGAUUCGACGCCUGCAGCAGCACUGCACAGAUUUAACCUAUGAGCUGACUGUAAAGAGUUCAGACUUGUCAGGAAACGGUAGUUCAAGAAGUGAUGAACUCAAGAGAAAGUGUGAAGAUCUUGAAGCUCAGCUGAAAGUCAAAGAGGCUGAAAAUAAUGAAUUACUGAAAGAACUUGAACAAAAGAAUGCGAUGAUAAUGGUGCUGGAAAACACUAUUAAAGAAAGAGAAAAGAAGUAUUUGGAAGAGUUAAAAAUGAAAAGCCAUAAGCUCAAUAUGUUGUCAAGUGAACUAGAGCAGAGAGCGAGCACUAUUGCUUAUUUAACUUCUCAGCUGCACGCUACUAAGAAGAAGCUGAUGAGUUCAAGUGGGACUUCGGAGGGGACCCCUUCUGGCAGUCCCGUGUUGUCCAGCUAUAAGCCGUCCCCUCCCAAAGAUAAGCUGCCGGAGACUCCACGGCGCAGAAUGAAGAAGAGUCUGUCAACACCACUCAACCCCGAGUUCGAAGAGGCCUACAGAAUAGGGUCGGAUAGCCGGAAGCUGCUGUUAAGAGAGCCUGUGGAUGCCAUGCCUGAUCCCACGCCAUUUCUGUUGGCCAGGGAGACGGCAGAGGUGCACCUUAUUAAGGAGAGGCCGUUAGUCAUCCCACCUAUUGCUUCGGAUCGCGCGGCCGGUGAAUCGCACAGCCCAGCCCGAGAGAAGCAGCACAAGGCGCACAUUGGGGUGGCACAUCGCAUCCACCAUGUCACGCCCGCCCAGCCACAGCCGGAGGUCGAAGCGCUGGUGGUGGAUCAGGUCCACGGAAGCAAAGUGGCCAGAAAGCACUCAGGGACAGACAGAACUGUUUGA